CUCCUAAAGAUAGACAUCAUGGGACUUCCAAACCUACAACAUCACCCAGUCCUCAUGUUCCUCCAACUAGAGCAAGUCCAAAAGAAAGUCGGCGAGUCUCUUCCAAGCCUAGAGCAUCACCAGGUCCAGGCAUAACACACACAAAAACUGCAAUACAUCAGACAACUCCACAACCAGUUAUUACAAAAUCUUCUACUACCACCGAGCAUUCAAGGGCAACAAUGGCUCCAAAAGAAACACUGCUCAUUCCUUCCAAACCCAAAACAUCUGUUGGGCCAGAAGUACCACAGACUAAACCUGCUCCAAGAACAACACACCUGGGAUCGAUUAACCUUAUAACAGUUCAUGUUGUUGAUGGGUCCAAAAUGACUUUGGCUCCCAGUGAAACAUACGAGAUUUCACCCAAGCCCAAAACUGCUCUGGCAACUGAAAUUCCACGCUUUAGUACAGCUCUUAGUAGAACCACACUAGCACCAGCUAGAACAAAACCACCUGGACUGCCAAAGUGGAUUGUGCCAGCAACAGAUGAUGCAUAUACACCAGAGGAUAUUGCCAGACAAAUUGGCGUGGAUGUAGAAAAACCUUUGGAAUAUAUUGAUACCUGGGAAAAGGCAAUUUCUGUAACCAUAUCACCUGGCCCUCAGCAUCCUCCUAUGCCUCCUGUCAAGCCUACACAAAUGCGAAGAAAACCUCUGCCUCCAAACACUGUGACUGGUAAACCAGGGAUUCCAGCUAAACCCGCUGGACCAACAACACCUGUGAGGACAGGAACGUCUUAUAAGACACCAACAGCUUUUGCAACUCCAGACUAUUAUGUUGAUGAAACUGUCUUCAGCUCAAGUCCUACAUCAGAAACCGAUUCUUCAGGGAAACCAAGGUACCAAGCCCCCCAUGUCAAGUACAUGAAGAAAGAUGAUGAUGUGCCUUGCUCUAUCACAAGCUCUCUUGAACAUUUUCCACAAGAGGAAGCUAGCAGCAAGGAAGAACCUACUCGUCCUCCACAAAAUCCUCCAACAAACCUCACAGUGGUGACUGUUGAGGGCUGUCCAACUUUCGUCAUACUGGACUGGGAGAAACCAGACAAUGACACUGUUACUGAAUAUGAGGUUGUAUCAACUGAAAAUGGAGCAACUGAUGGUGAAAAGGAGAAAUCGAUUAUCACUACAAAUCAAACUCAUUCUACUGUGGAAAACCUAAAACCCGACACAAGUUAUGAAUUCCACGUGAAACCUAGAAACCCUCUUGGUGAAGGUCCAAGUAGUAAUGUUGUGGCAUUCAGUACUGAAUCAGGAAAGUUUUAUAACAUAGGAGACCAGCGGGGCCAUGGAGAAGAUCACUGCCAGUUUGUAGACUCGUUCUUAGAUGGAAGGACAGGACAGCAAGAAGAUCUACCAGUCAAAGAUG